AUGGGUGCAAGGUGGGUGCAGGUGUGGAUGCAGGAUGAGUCCAGGCACCAACAUGUGCCUGGGAGCCCCCUGGAGCUGCUGCCCACCCCGGCGCUGACCCUGGACCAGGCGACGAUGCGGCGCAACGCUGAGCGCAUGUGGGAGCGCUGCCAGGCCCUCAGCCUCCGCCUGCGCCCCCACGUCAAAACCCACAAGACACUCGAAGGUGCCGAACUGGCCACGGGCGGCACCCGCCGGGGCAUCGCCGUCUCCACCUUGGCCGAGGCGCGGUUCUUGGCGGCGGGGGGCUUCGACGACAUCCUCUGCGCCCACCCGCUGCCGGGGGCGCCCCUGGGGGAGUGCGCGGCGCUGGCCCAGCGCCUCGGGGCCUUCCAGCUCCUCCUCGACUGCCCCCGCGCCCCGGCCCUGCUGCGCCGGCACCCGCUGCCCCCCGGCCAGCGCCGGCUCCUCUGGCUCAAGCUGGACUGCGGCAGCGGCCGGGCCGGCGUGCGGCCCACGGACCCCGGAGCCCUGGCGCUGGCCCGGGCCAUCGCCCAGGAGGCCCCCGAGGAGGUGACACUGGUGGGGGUCUACGCUCACUGCGGGGACACCUACGGCUGCCGCGAUGUCCUCGCCGUCCAAGCCAUCGCCAGGGCCACCACCGCCGCCGUGCUCGACUUCGUCACCGCGCUGCGGCAGGCAGGCGUGCCGUGUCCCCAGGCCAGCAUCGGCUCCACGCCGUCCUGCAGCCACCCGGUGCCGGAGAUGGCCCAGCUCACCGAGCUCCAUCCGGGCAACUACCUCUUCUACGACCUUCAGCAGACCCUGCUGGGUUCCUGUCACCCGGAGGAGGUGGCCAUCCGUGUCCUCACCAGGGUCAUCGGUCACUACCCCCACCGCAACCAGCUGCUGGUGGACUGCGGGUGGGCAGCCCUCAGCCUCCACGGCCGGGACCAGGCGCCCAUGGGCUGCGCCGCCAUCGAGGGGCACCCCCAGCUCAGGCUGGUGCGGCUGACGGAGGAGCACGGGCAGGUGGAAGCCGUCGAUGGCCAGUUGGAUUUCGAGCGCUUCCCGUUGGGCAGCAUCCUGGCUCUCAUCCCUUUCCAUGCCUGCGCCACCGCCGCCAUGCACCCCGUCUACUACGUCCACGCCGGGGGGAAGGUGGUGGAGCUCUGGCACCCCGUCCGUGGCUGGUAG